CACUGGCCCACACCAAUUCUUGUCGAGAUUUGGAUUCUACACGUGCAUUGAUAGCGUAGACAUAAUAUGGGCAGCACUCGGUUUUUCCUGGCGGAUCUGCCGACCAGGACCUCGGAGUCGGACCUGCAGAGCCUGUUCCAGGACUACGGACACGUAGAGCACGUGGAUCUGAAGCGCAAGGAGCAGGAUGGGGCCACCAAGGUGAUUGCCUUCGUCACCGUGCAGACGGAUGAUGCCCAGUACUGCGUCAACGAGCUCAAAUGGCAGAAGUUGCACGGCGAAAAGCUAAGAGUUUCUCUGGCCAAGGAAUCGUUCCUGGACCGACUGAAGCGCGAACGCGAAGAGAACCAGCGCCGGGAACAGGGCGAGCCAGACGAGUCCGAGGUGCAGGCGCCGAGCUCUCAGCUUCUGGCGCAAAGUGGCCAGAACAAGCGCAGGGUAUUCGGAGAGGAUGAGGAGAUCGGCGAUGAUGAGGUCGCUCCAGAGCUGCUGAUCACUAAGAAGCGCGCCGUCAAUUCCAUGCACAAUGGCCGGAUUAUCAUCCAGCAAGAGCACGAUGUAAAGCCACUCCAUGUCAUCGAGCAGCACCGCAAGCCGCCCAAACAGAAGCGGGACGCCAAUGUCAGCCAGGCGGAGCAGAAGCGCAAGGAGUCGCUCAACAAGAUGCGACAGGGGCACCAACAAAAGAAGUCAGCCAUCCAGCAGGCGCUAUCUGCGAUAUCAGUCGAAGGCAGCCAGGCAAAGAGGAUAAAAUUCAGCGACGCCGAGGAGGAGGAGGCGGCCAAGCCCGUCCAGAAAGACAAGAUACAAAAACGGGAUCUGUUCGAGAACGACGACGAUGAGGAAGAGGAGGAGCAGGUCGUCCUGCCGCAGCAUAAGGGCAAGAAGGGCGAGCGUCUUGUGGAGAUGCAGAGCAAACAGAGCAUAGAUCCCCGCUUCCGCAUCACAUCGAACUUUGUGAACGAGGAGGAAGAGGAGGAGCUGGAGGAUCAGCCUGAGCCGGAGGAGAGUGAGCGCAAGUGGCACAUGAACAUUCUGGAGCAGGUUGUGGGACACACGAUCACCAGUGCGAACGAUAAUGUCGGUAAGCCGCCAAAGAACAAAAAGAUGCUGCGCUUCGAUCCGGCCAAGGAGGGCCAUCAGAAGCUAAUGCGCCAAAAGCAGCCCAAGGAGGAGGAGAAGGAGGCUCCCAGGACGAAAGCCAUGGACGCCGAGGAGAGCAACAGUCAAGCUGCAGCCGUCUCAAAGACGGCCUUCUACAUUGUCACCGACACAUUGAGGGAUUCGCUCAACACGCGAGGAGAGGGCUUCAGCCUGCUGGACAUGUUUGGCAGCGCGCCGGAGAAGGAGGUGGCCAAGCGCCAGGACCAGUUGCAGAAGCUGGGUCAGGAGAAGAUCCUGGUGGGCACGACGUCUGCCAAUAAGCUCGGACUGGCCACUCUCAAUCCGUUCUCCUACGACUCGUCCGACAGCGAAGACGAAACCGAAGUAAAGCCGAAGGAAGCGGAGCUGGAGCUUGAGGCCAGCAAGGAGAACAAGGCCCAGCCAGCGAAGAAGUCGGGUCAAAAGAGGACCAAAAACAAAUUGGAGUCCUUCUUCAUACCCAGAAACGAUCCUCGGCUCAAGGAGGGCGCCAAGUUUUUCAAGUCCGCGAAGGGGGUGGUUGACCACGCCGAAUACGACCAAGUGAGGAACCGACUGAAAUUGCUGAUCACCAAAAAGAUCGCCAAGGCAAAGAAGAGCCUGCCCAGCAAGGAUAUCAAGAUGCAACGGAAAAAAAAGGGAAAAAGCUGAUGCCUAAGUUAUAUUAUACCCUUAGUCUUAAGCAUAAUCGUAUGGAAAAUAAACCAAUACUGUUUUUUUUUUUUUUGUAAA